CUUCCAGCUGACAGAGGGCGCUCGAGGUGUAGUUUCAUAUAAGAGCAGUCAGACGCGGAAGCACACUAGUGUAAACACGCAGUGGUGACGCAGUUGGGCAGAUAUGGGUGUGCAAAUAAAAGUGGAAUACUGUGGCGGAUGAGGGUACGAGCCCCGCUUUCAGGAGCUCAAGGAGGUUGUCACUUCUGAGUUCACUGAUGCGGACGUGAGUGGCUUCGUCGGCCGCCAAGGGAGCUUUGAGAUCGAGAUCAAUGGAAAACUGGUUUUCUCAAAGCUGGAAACCAGUGGCUUCCCCUAUGAGGAUGAUAUUAUGGAUGCUAUCCAGAAAGCCUAUGAUGGCCAACCGGUGGAGAAGAUCACCAAGAGCCGGCCUCCUUGUGUCAUCCUCUAAAGUUUCAUCACUUGACCCUUCACUUCUGGCUCUGAAAAUGUCAAGAUUUUGAACGGUUCUGUAAACCUAGCUUAAACAUCUAGAGAAAGAGUGUAUUGAUGUAGGAUCCUUUAAUGUCCCCUCCUCUUCACUCCUCCGGUCUGGUUGCUGGACGUAAAUGAUUAUUGUAACUCUAAAGUGAGCAGUUACUGUAUGAGGCCUGCAGUCCACGCAUCCUUUAAGCUGGAGGAGCAAGAUGCGGGGAUGUUAAGGAGGAAGCCAAAGGGUUAAGGUCUUUGUUUCUUUAUUUGUCAAAGCCACAUUGCCUAUUGGGGUCACUUUUUGUCUGUUGAUUAUUUGUUUUUGUUUUGUGGGGGG